AUGAGGCUGCAGUGCUGUCCGGUGCCCGAUACAACCUGGGGUAGCAGCUCUGGGAUGGGAGCUGCUCAAGGGCCACGUCCGCUCGCCCUCUUUCCUCAGUGGAAGCUGGGGCAUUACGAUGUCGUCGUAGGAGUGUUGUCAGCCCGGCACAACCAUGAGCUGCGCAGCGUCAUCAGGGACACGUGGUUCAAGCACUUGAAACAACAUCCUGCGCUGAGCCAACGUGUCCUUGUGAAGUUUAUAAUAGGUGCGCACGGUUGUGCUGUGCCAGUGGAGGACAGAGAAGAUCCCUACUCCUGCAAGCUCCUCAACAUCAGUAACCCAGUUUUAAAUCAGGAAAUAGAGGCGUUCAGCCUCCCGGCGGACAAACCUUCCGUGCUCUCUGAGGACAGGAUUGUCAGUGUGAACUUCCGUGUGCUUUACCCCAUUGUCAUUACCAGCCUUGGGGUAUUUUAUGAGGCCGAUGGUUUGGGAUUCCAGCGGAACAUCACUGUAAAACUGUACCAGGCAGAGCAUGAGGAGGCUCUCUUCAGCGCUCGCUUCAGCCCCCCGAGCUGUGGAGUGCAGGUGAACAGACUGUGGUACAAGCCAGUGGAGCAGUUCAUUUUGCCUGAGAGUUUUGAAGGUACCAUUGUGUGGGAAAGCCAGGAUCUUCAGGGCCUUGUUUCGAGAAACCUUCAGAAAGUGAUAGUGAAUGAUGGAGGAGGGGUAUUCAGAGUCACCACAGCAGGGGAAGGGUCAUUGCCACAUGAAUUCACAGAAGGUGUGGAGGGAAUAGCAGGUGGUUUCAUCUACACUGUUCAGGAGGGUGAUGCUCUUCUAAAAAGCCUGCAUACUCGCCCUGAAAGGUUUGCAAGUCAUAUAAAAAAUCUUGAAAAAGAAGAUGCUUUAUUGAAAGAAGAAAGCCGUGUCUAUGACGAUAUAGUUUUUGUAGAUGUUAUUGACACUUACAGAAAUGUUCCAGCCAAACUGCUGAACUUCUACCGAUGGACGGUUGAAUCAACAAGCUUUGAUUUGUUGCUGAAGACGGAUGAUGACUGUUACAUUGAUCUGGAGGCUGUUUUUAACAGGAUAACGCAGAAAAACCUGGACAGGCCAAACAUUUGGUGGGGAAAUUUCAGACUAAACUGGGCAGUUGAUCGAACUGGGAAGUGGCAAGAACUGGAGUACCCGAGUCCCGCGUAUCCAGCCUUUGCCUGCGGGUCUGGCUACGUCAUCUCCAAAGACAUCGUCCAGUGGCUGGCCAGCAACUCCCAAAGGUUAAAGACGUACCAGGGUGAAGAUGUGAGCAUGGGCAUCUGGAUGGCAGCUGUAGGACCCAAGCGAUACCAAGUAAGUCUGCAGAAAGUCUCUGAGCUUAUAGGAGGAGAACAUGACUAUUGUUCUAAGUAG